AUGCUCGGCGUCUGGAUGUGUGUCGUGCUGCUGGCCAGCAAUGCCUCAGGCUCGUUGAGGAGUGCUGUGGUUGGUGGGCACGAUGCAGCACGAGGACGUUGGCCUUGGAUGGUCUACGUCGACAUAAGGGAAGGAAAGAUCCCUGGGCCGUGUGGGGGUUCUCUGAUCACUGAUCAGUGGGUUCUCACCGCGGGACAUUGCAUAAAAAAUCCUCACCUGUUGAACCCUGACCCAGAGACCUCCUAUGUGCGUUUGGGAGAGUGGAAGCUUAAGAAGCCCAUUGGAGAAAAGGUCAAGAUACAACGCUUCAUCCUCCACCCUGAUUACAAGCAUACCAAAACCGUGAUAUACAACGAUGUUGCGCUCCUACAACUUAAGAGUGCUGUGGGUUUCGACAACUACAUUUCCCCUGUGACUCUGCCUGGAGACAAGAUUAACCCACACAAGUGCUGGGUCACCGGAUGGGGCACAGUGAAGGAGAGACGUCCGUUGCCAGGUGACCAGACUCUUCAGGAGCUGCAGGUUCCUCUGCUAGAUGACGCCAUCUGCAGGUCCAUGUAUCCCAAAGUCACCAAGGGCAUGCUGUGUGCCGGAUACAUAGAAGGGGGCAAGGACGCCUGUCAGGGUGAUUCUGGUGGUCCCCUGGUGUGCGAGUCCUUCGGUGUGUUUGUUCAGGUGGGAGUGGUGAGUUUUGGAGAGGGCUGUGCUCGGGCCAACAGGACUGGUGUGUACACACGCGUGGAGCACUACCUCUCCUUCAUCAAGGAAACCAUCAACACAUACAGCUCCUUCUAGUGGAUGGACGAAGCUACUGCAGCCAUACACCACACAGGGGUCCUACAGCACCCCUAGUGGCCAAAGCGAGUAGACACGUUCCCAUUUCCCUACAUUUACUAAAUAAAUACUCUUG